CCGUCGUGGCCACGUGACGCGGCCAACAUGGCCGACGGGGAAGACGGCUGCCCGGCGGGGCGGGAGCCGGGACCGGAGCCGGGAGAAGAGUUCGAGAUCGUGGACCGGAGCCAGCUGCCUAGCCCUGGCGAACUGCGCAGCGCAGCGAAGCCGCGGACCGGGUCGGAGGGCUGGUCGGCGCCCAUCCUGACCCUGGCGCGAAAGGCCACUGGCAACCUGUCGGCGAGUUGCGGGAGCGCGCUGCGCGCGGCCGCGGGGCUAGGCGGCGCGGACAGCGGCACGGACGGCGCGGCGCGCGCAGCUUCCAGGUGCCAGAUGAUGGAGGAGCGUGCCAACUUGAUGCACAUGAUGAAACUCAGCGUCAAAGUCUUGCUGCAGUCCGCCCUGAGCCUGGGCCGCAGCCUGGAUGCGGACCAUGCCCCCCUGCAGCAGUUCUUCGUAGUGAUGGAGCACUGCCUCAAACACGGGCUGAAAGUUAAGAAGAGCUUUAUUGGCCAAAAUAAAUCUUUCUUCGGUCCUUUGGAGCUGGUGGAGAAACUUUGCCCAGAAGCAUCGGAUAUAGCCACUAGCGUCAGAAACCUGCCAGAAUUAAAGACGGCUGUGGGAAGAGGCAGAGCCUGGCUGUAUCUUGCACUCAUGCAGAAGAAACUGGCAGAUUAUCUGAAAGUGCUCAUAGACAAUAAACAUCUCUUAAGUGAGUUCUAUGAGCCCGAAGCAUUAAUGAUGGAGGAAGAAGGGAUGGUGAUUGUCGGUCUGCUGGUGGGACUCAAUGUUCUUGAUGCCAAUCUCUGCUUGAAAGGAGAAGACUUGGAUUCUCAGGUUGGCGUGAUUGAUUUUUCCCUCUACCUUAAGGAUGUGCAGGAGCUUGAUGGUGGCAAAGAGCAUGAAAGAAUUACUGAUGUCCUUGAUCAAAAAAAUUACGUGGAAGAACUUAACCGGCACUUAAGCUGCACAGUUGGGGAUCUUCAAAGCAAGAUAGAUGGCUUGGAAAAGACGAAUUCAAAACUUCAAGAAGAGCUUUCAGCUGCGACAGACCGGAUCUGUUCGCUUCAAGAAGAGCAGCAACAAUUGAGAGAACAAAACGAGUUAAUUCGCGAAAGAAGUGAGAAGAGCGUGGAGAUAACAAAACAAGACACGAAAGUUGAGCUGGAAACUUACAAGCAAACUCGGCAAGGUCUGGAUGAAAUGUAUAGCGAUGUGUGGAAGCAGCUAAAAGAAGAGAAGAAAGUCCGUUUGGAACUAGAAAAAGAACUGGAGUUACAGAUUGGAAUGAAGACAGAAAUGGAAAUUGCCAUGAAGCUGCUCGAAAAGGACACCCAUGAGAAGCAGGACACCCUGGUCGCCCUCCGCCAGCAGCUGGAAGAAGUCAAAGCGAUUAAUUUACAGAUGUUCCACAAAGUUCAGAGUGCAGAGAGCUGUUUACAGCAGAAGGAUGAAGCCAUCACAUCUUUCGAAGAAAAAAACAACCAAGUUAUGUCCAGCAUGAAACAGAUGGAAGAAAGGUUACAGCUCUCAGAGAGGGCGCGUCGCGGGGCGGAGGAGCGGAGCCACAAGCUGCAGCAGGAGCUGGGCGGCCGGACGUGCACGCUGCAGCAGCAGCUCUCCCAGCUGCAUGAGCAGUGCUCGAGUCUAGAGAAAGAGUUGAAAUCAGAAAAAGAACAGAGACAGGCUCUUCAGCGAGAAUUACAGCAGGAGAAAGACACUUCUUCUCUACUCCGAGCAGAACUACAGCAAGUGGAAGGAUUAAAAAAGGAGCUGCGGGAUCUCCAGGACGAGAAGGUGGAGUUGCAGAAGGUUUGCGAGGAGCAGGAACAAGCCCUCCAGGAAAUGGGCCUGCACCUCAGCCAGUCAAAGCUCAAGAUGGAAGACAUCAAAGAAGUGAACAAGGCGCUAAAGGGCCAUACCUGGCUGAAGGAUGAUGAAGCCACGCACUGUAAGCAGUGUGAAAAGGAGUUCUCCAUCUCCCGGAGGAAGGCCUUUUCUCAACACAGAUAUUAAAGAAGCUGAAGGACCCAGGUAAGGAAACCUCCUGGGGCCUUCUCAACAUGCAACAUGUGUCAGUUCCACAGACCCUGAGCAACACUGCCAAGAUCCCAGGGGCAGUUCUAGGUUGAGAACACAGCUGAAGACCAAACGCUCAGAUGUGCCUCCCAAAACGGAGCGUGCUCUAAACCAGGACACGUGCCAAAUCUAACCCUCUUGUACCCCCAGCCCCACUGCAGGCCUUUCCCCUCCACCACGCAGGAGAGAAGUACCCCCAGGCGUGCCGAGGCCAUGGAGCAGGGCAGGGUCUGCAGGGCCCCUGUGGCACAUGCUUGUGCAACACUGCCAUGUACAGACACAUAGAAAUCUCACCCAAGAUCAAAGGGGAGAAUCUUCGAGUACUAUCCGAGUGAAAAACGGAUUCAGAUCCUUAAUUUGGCUUAUUAAGCUUCAGUCUUUAGUAGAUCUACUGAAGGGACUUUGGAGAUGACCUUUUAAAGGUGCUUCAUGCCAGCUACUCAGAGGUCUACCAAAACAAAUGGAUUUCAAUUACUGAAUUAAACUAGUCCUUGCUCAGAAAUGCAACUUGGUAGUCUACCUCAGACACUGUAAGGAAUUAAUUCUGCCCAAAGUAGACCUGUUCUUUAGUAAAAAUAAGACCAAAAGACUCCAUUUGAAAGCCAUUUAUAAGCUAGCUCCUAGAACCCUCCCCCAUGCUCCAUGUAAGCAAAACUUCAGAGGCGCCACUGGCUUGGGAAGAUCACCUACCUAGUGAGUUCCCCCCCACCUUGCCUCUGGCGCUCCCUUCUCAGCCACGCCUGCCACGGGCCUCUGGGGACAUGCAGAUCAUGCAGUAGAAUAGUGCCACCUCUCCCUGGGUUUUGUGCAAGCGCUUAGCAGUCAAAAGGACUUUGGGUUAGAUCCUGUGCAGCCAGGCCAAACACACAGCCCUUCCACAAGGGUCCCUAAAACCUACGUUUACCUUCAGUCGCACCGGAGGGAAGAGGAGUCGGCUGACAUCUACACAACAGCCUCGGCUGCCGAGCCUCUCUGCCACGCCAGAGAUGUGGGCCACUGUCACCUAUGCCCCAGGCAGGAAGAGAGCACCAAGAAACAGUCCACAUGACACUGAAGCACAGACAAGACAAAGUGCAGUUUUUAAAAGGAAGAUUUAUUUGACAAGUUUCACUUAGCGCAAUACACCUAAAAGGAAAUCACGAUACAAGGAAAGGUUUAAAUCAAGGCCUCAGAAUUUCAUACAAACACCAAGACCAAAAUCCUAACGUAUGGUGUUGAGUCUCAAAGUCCCCCAUUAACUUAAAAAAAAAAAAAAAUUCAACUUACGUGCCUUAGAGGUUAUUAAAUGAAACUAGAAUUAACAAACAUGCCAAAUGUGUUCACUUUUAAUUGUAGACACAGCUCCUAUAUUGAGUUUUACAAAAAAAGCAUGUCUUUCAACAUGCAUCCCAACAGUGUUCAAUGUAAUGUAGAAGAGCAACAUUUAACAUAAUUCAACUGCUUUAACCUAAAUACACUUGCUGCUUAAGUACAUCCUACAAUAGAACUAGAGAAAAAGCUGAAAAUUGUUUAACAGUUAUAGUUUACUCAGCUGUUACAUCCUAGAUGUAUUCAAAAAUACUGAACCUUAAGUCUUUUAAAACAAUCCUGAUUUCCACUUAGAGUAAGCAUCAAUCACAAGCUUGUAUUGCAAAACUGUUAAACUUUGUUUCUUUUAAAAAAACAGUGACCAAGAGUCAGUGAUCAGGAUCAGUUACAUUCCCCAUCCACCACUCAUACUGGACAUGCUAGACAUCCCUCCCAUUCCGUUCACGCCCACAGAUGCUCGGCUUCCGCUACUGUAGUAGCUGCUGUUCACUGCUCCUUGGCUGCCUGCAGAGAGAGCAAUGCGACAAGUCAGCAGAAUCAUCAGAUCAUCAGCCAAAUAAAAUAUAGCAUUCCAAGAAAAAGUUUAAAAAGUAUACGAGUACAAAUGGCUGCUGUCCAAGUGGCGAGAAGCAUGUUUGGGAAAGGGGACUCCCGACUCCAAACAAGUCUCAAUUAACCCCUUUUCUCUGCAGUACCAACUUGCCAGACUCUUGUGCUACCAUUUAACUGGAUGCUUCAGGAUCAACAUAGAAAAUUAAGUUUAAAGGAAAACUAGUGUUUUUCAAAAAUUGCAAAAUUACUUCAUGUUGUUUUUAAAGCUAAGCAAGGCAUUUUUAAAAAAAAAUU